ACGUGAUAGCCCUGCGCGACUCGGCAGAGCUGCGCGGCCAUGGACGUGGGCGCCGACGAGUUCGAGGAGAGCCUCCCUCUGCUGCAGGAGCUCGUCCAGGAGGCGGACUUCGUGGGGGUGAGCCCAGGUGCCUCGGCCGCCUGCAGAUCUACAGUGUGUGGAGUGCUGGCGAUGUUCUGCACCCGAGGACUGGUAUUUUUUGCCUUCCUGGCAGGUCUGGACAUAGAGUUCACUGGCCUUCGAUCUAACCUGUCUGGACCCCAGCAGAUCAGUCUUUUUGAUUUGCCAUCGGAGUGGUACCUAAAGACCCGUCAGAGCAUUCAGCAAUUUACAAUCUGUCAGAUUGGAUUGUCUGUGUUUUCUGCUAUUGAAGGAGAAGCAAACAAGUAUAUAGCCCAUUCGUGUAACUUUUUUCUCUUCCCCACAACGUUUGGGAUUUUGGACUCAGAAUUCUCUUUCCAGGCUUCCAGUGUUCAGUUUUUAAAUCAGUAUGGCUUCAACUAUAACAAGUUUCUCAAAAAUGGAAUCCCAUAUAUGAAUGAAGAACAGGAGAAGAAAAUUCGACACGAUAUCCUGACUGGGAACUGGAGAGUUCGCAGCUCUCCGGAUAAAGACCAAAUCAAGGCGGUGAUUGACAAAGUGACACGGUGGCUGGACCUGGCCAAGGAAGGUGACUGGAUGACUCUUCCUGGGAUCGCUGGCUUCCAGGCCUUUGAGGUCCAACUGGUGCUGAGGCAGGCCCUCCCCGACAUCUGGACGGUGCUGAAAGAUGAGGGGGUGGUAGUGAAGAAAGUGAGUAAACAACAUCGUUGGUAUCUUCAGAACACCUCUUGUGACCAAGAGAGCUGUUGGAAGGAAAAUAUUCUUCUCUCUGCAAGAGGUUUUUCUGUCUUUUUCCAAAUGCUGGUGAAAGCCCAGAAGCCCUUAGUGGGACAUAAUAUGAUGAUGGACCUGCUGCACCUCCAUGAGAAGUUCUUCAGACCCCUCCCAGAAAGCUACGAUCAAUUUAAGCAGAAUAUCCACAGCCUAUUUCCUGUUCUCAUUGAUACCAAGAAUGUAACAAAGGAUAUCUGGAAGGAGAUGAAUUUCCCGAGGGUGUCGAAUCUUUCCGAAGUCUAUGAAGUCCUGAACAGUGACUUGAAUCCCACCAAGAAUUCUGGACCAGAGAUUGUUCACGCAAGCAGGUGUGAGAAAUACGGUACAGAAAGCAUGAGCAUGCACAUUUUGAUAAGCUCUGUUGCACUUCUUUUUUCCAUCCUAGUUCUUUUGAAAGUGGCACACUUGCUUCUACAGAAGAUACAUGGCAUCGACCCCGUGCCCGAGUCGUCCUUUCCUCAGUACCUCGACGUGCUGGCUCCUUACGUGAACCAAGUGAACCUCAUCCGCGCGGGGGUCCGAAAGAUCAAUUUUUCUGGUCCAGAUUAUCCCAGUAUCCGACCUCCCAUCCUCAUCCUCAGCAUCAAAAGGUGGCCCGGGGUCAGCGAGCAGCAAGUCUACCAUAAGUUUCAGAAUCUCUGCAAGUUUGAUGUCAGGCGACUCACAAGAAGCCAGUUCUUACUCCUGACCAAUAAGUUUAAGGACGUGCGAAACGUCCUGAAGGAGUACCGGGGCCACCCGACCCUGUGCAUCUCCCUGUACCGCUACUGGAGGCACUCCCCAGACGUCAACUGCGUGCUCCAAGUCUGUGGCAUAGUGACUGCCUGGGCCCUUCUCGCGUUCAUCUUCGGAAGAUCUGGUCCCUGAGCGCAGCGAGGCCUCCUGCGGCCACCCUCAGGUCCCCGUGCUCUCUGGAAGGUGUGCUGGCUGUGUUUGUGUAAAUCAGAUUCUGUUUGCAGAUGGAUCUGUUUGGUCGUUUCUAGAAAUUCUGUUAUGUCCUGAACACGAAAUUCUGUCAGCACUCUCAAUGAUAAAUCAGCCGUUGGGUAUC